GUCUUGUUAACAAGAAUGCUAAAAUUUUAUUCUUGGGACUUGAUAAUGCGGGCAAGACAACCUUGUUGCACAUGUUAAAGAAUGAUCGUUUGGCCACUCUACAACCAACAUUACAUCCUACUUCUGAAGAACUUUCCAUAGGUAAUGUACGUUUCACAACUUAUGAUCUUGGUGGACAUUUACAAGCUCGACGUCUCUGGAAAGAUUAUUUUCCGGAAGUUUCCGGGAUUGUCUUUAUGGUCGAUGCUCAAGAUCGGGAAAGAUUUGCAGAAAGUAAAACCGAAUUAGAUAAUCUCUUAUCAAUCGAAGAACUGUCAACUGUCCCUUUCUUGAUUUUGGGGAAUAAAAUUGAUGCACCAGGCGCAGUUUCUGAAGAAGAAUUGCGUUAUUCCUUGGGAUUGUAUCAGACAACUGGCAAGGGUAAAGUUCCAUUGAAGGAUAUUAGACCAAUAGAAGUCUUUAUGUGUUCAGUUGUAAUGAGACAAGGAUAUGGUGAAGGUUUCCGUUGGAUGUCUCAGUAUAUUUAA